GAAUGGGUGUUGUGGAACCGCAUGGCUGCGUCUGAGAAACUGGACCGACCGCUUGUCUGAGUGUGACCAUUACCAAAACUAUCGAUUUUCAACUCGAUAUAGUUAGUCAUGAAUGAGUAACAAAUUUGUAUCAUUAGCAUAAAUGGAUAUGGUCUUGACGAUUCUCUGGAAGGUGAUGAUAUGUACAAUGCAGAUUAUAAACUUACUCCUCUUCAAAAGUUGGAAAAAUACAUGCAGAGUGAGAAUGUAUACACCAGGCAAAUGGUGGCACGUGGACUUCUGGACACACUGCGGGCAGUGGAAGAAAUGGAAGAUGACGUGUUGCCAGUAUUUAAUGCCAUGGUCAAGCUUUCACAAGACUCCGAUCCUAUUGUUCGGUCUGAGUUGAUGGAGCAGGUUCCUCAUUUAGCUGUGUAUUGUCAAGACAACUUAGAUCUCUACGAGAAGUCCAUCUCGUCCUACCUUUUACCUAUGGUUGUGAGGUACUUGAAUGACCAAAAUAACCAGGUUCGAAAAACAAGUCAGGCAGCUUUACUAGUCCUGAUGGAACAGGAACUUAUAUGUAAAGAGGACAUAGAGCAACAAGUGGUGGGUGUUAUCUUGGACCUGGCGAGCCCCGACAGUCUGGACGACUACAGAACAGAAGCUGUCGCUCUUAUGAGUAAAAUGGCGCCACUCCUGGGAAGAGAUAUGACUGAGCGACUGUUUUUGCUACGUUUCUGUGAAAUGUGUACAGACCCACUCUUUCAUGUCAGGAAGGUUUGUGCAGCCAACUUUGGUGAUAUGUGUAAAGUUGUAGAACAAGACAACACAGAACAGCAUUUGCUGCCAAAGUUCUACUAUUUAUGUGAGGAUGGUGUAUGGGGAGUUCGGAAGGCAUGUGCGGAGUGUUUUAUGGUCGUUUCUUGUUCGUGUUCCCAGGAUGUCCGCAAAGGAGAACUGGCCAAUCUCUUUGUCAAUCUGCUUUGUGAUCUUUCUCGCUGGGUUCGAAUGGCAGCUUUUCAGCAGUUGGGACCAUUCAUAUCAACAUUUGCAGAUCCAGGUUUAACUGGGUUGUAUGUUAAUGAAGAAGGCAUUCUUAGUGUCCAAGUGGAACAUUUACAAAACAUUGAGAAACUGAGAGAAAUUGGGGAAAAGUUAGAGUUUGAGAGCAAACAAAUUCUAGCAAGUGGGUUAACAGAAGAAUCUGAUGAAGAAUCCAAAGAGGAGGAGAGUCUGGAAAGCCCCUCCAGUGCUACCGAAAGAAGUAAUGUCUGUGAUACAAGCAUGGACCUCAGUGAAACUGAUCAGAUGACUGAAAUCAUUGUUUCCACGUGUGCGACAAAUAACAACACUUCCACAUCAGAGGAAGAGUUAUCCCUUGAGGAAAUGAGAGCUCAAGAAUAUCAAGUCAAAAAGGCCGCUCAGAGACUCAAUGAUUCCAGUCCUCAGAAUUUUGAGGUGACAGAGGAAGACAACUGUGAUAAAUGUACUUCUGGUGAGGAGGCAGAUGCCCCUCGGCAAGGAGAAGAGAAUGCGGAGAGUAUAUGUAGUGUUCAGGAGGGUGAGGAUACCAAAGCCAGCUGUGAUUCUGUAGACCAGAGCAAACCAGAUAGUGACAACACAGACAAUGAACAAGAACAAACGACAAGUAUACAAUAUGAUUCCUCCUUAAAUAAUUAUGAUUCUUUCAAUUUCUGGCGAGACCCGCUGCCAGAAGUUAGCUUAGAUUUAGAAGUAGUUAAUGACAAUCAAGAUGAACAAGGCAUUGUGAAUAGGUCUUCCCGCACAGCCACCGAAAACGAGUGCAACACAAUCAAUACUGACAUCAGUAGCUUGACUUUGACCGAUUCUGGAAACCGUCCAGCAUGUGCCACCAAUCAGCUGUAUGGAGAGGCGGGAAUUCGGAUCCACACUGCCAGCAUAAGCACCAUGUCAGAGGAGUCGGUCAACCACAUCGGUAGUACACAUGUACUGGGACAGAACCUAAAUGAAGUCAUGGACGGUGUGGUACAUGAUUACGGCUUUAUUGACAGUUUUUCUGAGCUGUCUCUAUUGCCUCUUGCAGAUAUAAGCGGGUCUAGUCUAGGUUACAUCGACAGUGAUAGCUCCCAAGAUGUUGUGGAGGUGAUGGAUGAGGCCUCCCUGGCACAGAUGCAGGACAUUGUACCUCAGAGUCUGUUAGAAAGCUAUCUAGGAAUGGUGGACCCCUCUAGGGCCCAGACUGUGGACACGGAGAUCACGAAACACUGUGCCUACAAUCUGCCGGCUGUGGCCUAUACACUGGGCAGGCGGAACUGGAACUGCAUCAAAGUAUUGUACGAUAAACUGGCCUCGGAUAUGCAGUGGAAAGUGAGGCGGACACUUGCUUUUUCCAUACACGAGAUGGCUAUCAUACUGGGAGAUGAAAUCACUCACAGGGAUCUCGUCCCAGUGUUCGACGGCUUCCUGAAGGACUUGGAUGAGGUGAAAAUUGGUGUAUUGAAACACUUGGCAGACUUUUUGAGGCUUUUGAAACCUGAUGUAAGGAGACAGUAUUUAGCUAAACUCUCGGGCUUCCUGAACACAGACAAUACCAGAAACUGGAGAUUUAGGCUGGAACUGGCAGAGCAGUUGAUCAUGACCUCAGAGCUGUUUUCCUCGGUAGAGAUCAGUCAGCACCUUUUGCCGAUUUGUCUAUCGCUGAUGGAAGACAAGGUAGCGGAGGUCAGACUAGUGGCCUACAGGCUGAUGAGUGCUAUGAUCAAAAGGCUGGCUUAUGAAGAUGAGAAAUUAACGGAAAGUUUGCUGAAUGAACUUGUGUCUAAGUUCGCUAAGAGCAACAAGUGGACUGGCAGACAGAUUUUUGUCCAGAUGUGUCUAGCAGUGUUGGAGGAAGAAUCACUACCGUCGGAUCUUUUUACCAAGCACCUGCUUCAGAGUCUACUCAACAUCAGCCAUGAUCGAGUACCCAAUGUCAGACUCUCUCUGUCUAAAGUCAUGUCCGGGUAUAUUGUCCCAAGAGAAGAUUUCACCAUUGAAAGUCACCCGCAGCAGGAAGAAAUUCUUAGGACAUUGGAGCGGCUACAGACCGAUCAUGAUAAAGAUGUGCGCUAUUUUGCCAAUCCCAUACCAGAGAAUACCAGUAUUGGGGAUUAUGAAGAUGAUGCCAUUGAAGACAUUGAUGUUGAAACAUUGCCAGUGUAAAGAUGGGAACUUUGCUGUGUUCAUCUCAGGGACCAACAAGUGAUAUGCAAUGUCUCCUCACCAUCUUCAAUAUACCAAGUGUUUUCAGCACCCCUAAAUACUGAAAUGACAUGAUAUUUACAUUGAGUGAUUAUUGUCAAAACCUACCUUGAUUCUUUCUAUUUAUGUGUAACACAAUUCAAAGAGGUAAGAUCCUUUGGACUUAUUUUAUUGGAAAAUCCUUUUGUAUUUUAUAUCAUGGUUUUAUCCAAACAUGGCAAUAUGUUGUGCAAAAUCUAUUUAUGAUUUACUUUUAUUUACUUAAAUUGUUCCAGAAAGAAUGCAACUUGAACAGUAAUAUAAAAUGUAUGACCUGACAAAAGUAUUGUGUAUGUAUAUCCAUAUUUAUUGCUUACUUGUUACGAGUUUUAUUAAUAUUUUAAUUCCCAGAUUGGAAUAAAAAUCUGUUAAUUAGAAAUGAUAAUUACACCGCAUUUUUGUUUGUUGUGCCAAAUGAUGCAAUAAUUUGGAUAAGUGAAAGAUUUGUCUUCUAAAGGGAUGAGUUUUAUAUGGUGUAUGAUGUGGUUUUUGUUUGAAGUGUGGCUCCAUAGACUUUUAAUAAGACAGAUGAACUUCGUAAAGGCCAGCCACUCCUAUGGCAGAAGGGGCUGUCAUUCUAUUAUUGCUCAACAUAAUACAAUAGUACUAUCUGAACUCAUUGUCAAGGAUCAGUCUCUGAAAAUUGCUGCUAUUUAUCCAUGUAGCUUGUUAGGAGGAACAUAGGGAUAUUAUUCUUGGUGUUUAAAUCAUAAUGGGGAGGGGGGGUAAUUGGGAUAAAAUCCUGUUGAAAUUGUAGGGGUAUUGAAAGCUAUAUUGUUUAAGAAUACUUGAAAUUUUUAAAUUUUGCUUAAUGUCUUCUAAGGUGGUGAUAUUUUUAAGAGACCGAUGCUCUAGAUCAUAUAAUCUGAUAUUGUAUACAAUCAGUGCCAUAUAAAUGAAAUAAUUGGACCAUCAAAGAUGAAAAUUGUUUUGGGCAGAAUUUCUGUGUACGUGUAUAAGAUGCUAUUGUGAUAUUUCGUGUCUGUGUGGGUUUAAAAGACUGGGUAAAUUGUGUAUAUUAUGUGGUUUACACAGGGAUAAGACAAGGGGAUAUCUAGUGAAUAUUUUAUAGAAUUUUAUUGAUGUCGAUGAUCUGUGAUUUUGUUGAUGAGAUUAUGCCAUUAAAACAAUAACAACAUG